UUUGCCCCCCUCCUCCCCUCUCUCUCUCUCUCUCUCUCUCUCUCUCUCUCUCUGAACCCUUCUUCUUCCUCUUCUUCUUCAGAUUUCCUUUCACUUUUGCCUGAAAAAGGUUUAUCAUAUACCUUUUACUUCUUCUCUUUGUGAUCUGGUCCGUUUCAUCUCUCUAAAUGAAUUCAGCUAAUUACCAUAUAAUACCACCUUCGCGCCUCGUUCUGGACCUUAAUGAGGAUCAUCAGAGCCAUGAGCUCUUCUUGAUGAGCCCACCGAAAUCUGAAGCUUCAUCUUCAUCUUCCUUCCCGCUCUCAUCACCAAGUCCCAUCUUCUACAACUUAUUAGGUCAAGAUCAUCAAGGCGGGUCAUGCAAAUAUGAAGAUCAUCAUCCGCUUGAGAAGCUCCAACACCCUCAGGAGGUUGAUCACAAGCCCGUUUCACAAGGAGAGUCUCAUGGUGGUCAUGGACUCAACAUAACCUUGUGGAAGAAAGAAGAAGGAGGAGUGAGAGAUGAGAGCGACCAAGUGGACAAGUAUUAUUCGGUGAAGUGGAUGUCUUCCAAGAUGAGGAUCAUGAAGAAGAUGAUGAGCUCAGAUCACCAUGAACAAUCACAGGACAACACACCGAUGAUGACUAGUGGCUCAAUUUCAGCUGGUGGUGAUCACAAGUUGUUUGUAGAAGAUCACAAGCGAUUACCAUCAUCAUCUUCUCUUGAGACUGAUAGCAGCAGCAACAGCUCCUCCUACGACACCAACCCAAUUAGGGUUUGCUCAGACUGUAACACCACCAAGACUCCACUUUGGAGGAGCGGCCCAAGAGGUCCAAAGUCUCUCUGCAAUGCUUGUGGGAUCCGGCAAAGGAAGGCAAGACGAGCCAUGGCUGCUGCCGCUGCAGCUGCAGCCGCCACAGACAGUGGAGAUCUUCCUCCGGCCACAACGCUAACUCCAAAGAGCAAGUUGAAACAGCACAAGAACAAAAGGUCGAGUAGGGCCACUGUUUGUGGACAAGAGUCAAUCAAAACAAAGCGUAAAGCAAAACCACAUAAGAAUCAUGCAUCCGUUGGUGGAAGAAAGCUUUGCCUGGAAGAGUUCGCCAUAAGGUUGAGCAAGCACUUGGCUUUCCAGCGAGUAUUCCCUCAGGAAGAGAAGGAAGCUGCGAUCUUGCUCAUGGCUUUAUCCUAUGGGCUCGUUCCUGGCUGAUGAAGAUGACGAUGAUCAGUCUGGAAGAAAGAGACAAAGUUUUUCUUACAAGACCAGUUCAAUUCAUAUAUUUUCGUUUAGCAUUUGAGCAGCAUUAUUAGGAAGUGGCAUGUUUUACUUUGUUUGAAUCGAUGUAGGUUGGAGGGUCGAGUUGGAGGGGAAACAACCAAAACCAGAUGAGGAUUAGUGAAGUGAAUAAUAAUAAUAAUGACGCAUAAAACAAAUUAAGUGUUGAGUGGUGUGGUAUCAUUGUGUUGAAGUUGUAGUUCAGCAGGUUGAUCACCAAAGUAUGGAUCUCCUGUUUGUUUACAUGUUUGAUUUUAACAAAAGAACUGAUUUAAAAGAUCCAGUUAUUCUAUGCA